UCCAUCCGAAGGAGUCUCUCCCGUGACAGUUUAAUCGACACCCUACACUCGUAGAGGACCUAAAGCAAGUUUCCUUUAAAUUUUUGAAAUUUGAAGGCCACUUAUUUCCCCUUUGCAACUCUGCUACUCGCAUCACUCCCUUUUCCUGCUUGAUCAUCUGAAAAGUUUUUGUUGGUGAUUGCAGUUUAUAGAAAUGGCGGAUGAAAAAGAUGCGUUCUACGUUGUCAGAAAAGGCGAUAUCAUAGGAAUUUACAAAAGCUUCGCCGAUUGUCAAGCUCAAGCUGCUUUCUCUCCACUGGACCCUUCUAUAUCAGUAUACAAAGGAUAUGGCUUAUCUAAGGAGACAGAAUCGUACCUUGUUUCACAUGGGCUUCAGCGAGCAGGUUUCUCAAUCAGCGCGCGUGACGUGCAAGAUGGAACUUUUGGUCCCCUCUCUGUUUGCCCGUUUCAGGAUGCUGGUCGUUCAAGCUGCCCGGCACCAAAUGCCCCAAACAAAACUGUGAAGUUGGAGCAUUAUACAGAGCCUAAAGCCUCUGUUAGUCCUGUCUGUGCUGCUAGUCCAGCUCCUAAUGGGAGGAUCCAGAAACAUGUUGAUACAGGAUUGAAUAUAACCUCAGCAAGCCCUCGUAAUAAUUAUGAUGAGUUGACGAACUAUAUAAAGCCUGCUAACCUAGUUCGUCCUGCAUAUGCUUCUGCUGAACCGAGUUCAUUCUUACACAAUCCUCAGAAGAAAAUUAGCGAGCUAAAGAAUUACAUGGAGCCACAACAGGUGGUUGUUCCAGCCAGUCAAUCUUGUACUAUUGAAUUUGAUGGAGCAUCAAAAGGAAAUCCUGGACUAGCUGGUGCCGGAGCUGUUUUGCGUGCUACAGAUGGGAGUCAGGUUUGGCUGUUGCGAGAAGGUGUUGGAAUUGCUACUAAUAAUGUUGCGGAGUAUCGAUCAGUGAUUUUAGGUUUGAAAACGGCUCUUCAGAAAGGAUUUAAGCAUGUCAAAGUUCGAGGGGACUCCCUGCUGGUUUGCAAUCAGAUUCAGGGUAAAUGGAGAACAAAAAAUGAGAACAUGGCCAACCUGUGCAAGGAAGCAUUGCAGCUAAAGAAUCAGUUUCUGUCAUUUACUAUUGAACAAGUUCCUAGGGAGUUCAAUUCUGCUGCCGAUGCUCAAGCAAAUCGAGCCACUAAUCUGAGAGAUAGACAAGUUGAAAUUGAGAUGACAUCUUCUCAGCAUUAAUGAUAUGAAUUCGACAAUGGGAUAGCUGCUUUUGUACUUCUGAAGUUCUGAUACCUGAUCCUUAAGUUGUAAAAAAAAAAUUAUCCUGAUUCCUGACUGAACUUAGUUUAGGGCAAGAUGCUAAUUUAUGUAGGAAUGUUGCUGAAAUUGGAGUAUGUGUUUUGUGUAAAUGUCACAAAAAGAUGAACUUGGUACCCUUUGCCUUGAUUACUAGUCAUUUUCUAUUA